AUGUCCUCAGUGACCACUGGUUCUGGGCUAGAGGCCAGCUCAGCCAUCCCAACAACCACCUCGCCGUAUGUGACAACCUCAGUGAUUGCUGGUGCUAACGUAGACACAAGUACAACCUUCCCAACCGUGACUACAACAGUGCGCUCCGUCACAGAUGCUGUGGACACCGGCACGUCAGCCGGCAAGCUUCCGGACGGCCAUUCAGACACCACGGUCUCCGCAGCCAUCAGUCCAAGCACAGAAGCCAGUCUCGCCGUGCCCACAACAGCUGGGUCGAUUUGGGAACCGGGCAUGGUGACCUCCCAGGUCCACAGUUCCAAGCCACUCGCCAGCACAACCGUUCCAGCUACAGCUCUUUCUCCCGGUGAAGCGGAAGUCACAGCCUUACUGAACACCCACUCCCAUGCAGAGACAAGCACCGGAGUCCCCACUUCAGCUGUUUUUCUCCAUGUUUCAGGAACCACAACCUCGUUUUCCAUCAGGCCCGGGACGGGGAUGAAUACUGACCAUCCAACUCAGACUGUGUCCCUCGGUGGACCAGAGGGGACAACCUCCUCAGUGACCGAGAGCGGCAGCUAUGACCUGGGCUCAACUGUUUCAUCCAGUGUUCCUACAGACACGCUCUCAGUGUCCACCUAUCUUGGGACAGAGGUCCACACGACCACUCCAACUGUAACCCUUUCCCCCGGGUUAUCAGAGACCACAGGCUUGUGGGCCACCAGCCCUUCAGCAGAAAGUACUCUAGUUGUGUCCCCCAGUGGCCCUGGGCUGCCCAGUACCCUUAAUACAACCACUGAGCCCAGCACUGUAACUGCACGGUACAAAGAAACGUCACCACCUGUCACUUCAGUUAGACUCCCGGGUUUCUCCAAGACUGUCGCAAGCACGGCAAUGACGCUCUCAGGGACCCCAACGCCAUCUUCAGCGACUCACGGAGAGAGAGCAAGUCCAACCUCGGCCCCGAAAACUACAGCCGAGACCACUCCUUUACUGAGCACAGCCUCCAGAUCAGCUGUGGCUGACGCCACAGACACCUCCCCCACACUGGCUGGAAGUCCUUCUGCCUCUCUGACCACACCUCAGGUGUCUACGUUGGCCUCUGAGAACGUGACCUUGAGAACAACGGCAAGCCCCAUCCUGGUGCCGUUCACCACCAACUUCACCAUCACUAACUUGGAGUACGAAGGAGAGAUGGCUCGGCCUGGGUCCCCGAAGUUCAAUGCCACCGAAAGAAUCCUACGGAGACUGCUCAGGGUUCUGUUCAAUGAAACCAGCGUUGGCCGCCUGUAUUCUGACUGCAGACUAACGCUGCUCAGGCCUGAAAAGGAUGGUACAGCUACUAGGGUAGACACCGUCUGCACCCACCUCCUCGACCCCUCAGGCCGUGAGUUGGACAGAGAGCAGCUGUACUGGGAGCUGAAUAGGCUCACCCAAGGUAUCACCCGGCUGGGUCCAUACACCCUGGACCAGAACAGUCUCUACGUCAACGGUUACACACACAAGAUCCUGUCUACCACCCCAAAGACUUCGACGGGGACCUUUGUUUCUACAAGGAUGCCAUCCACCUUUUCCAGUUCAACAGUGCCAGCAUCUCCUCUGGUGCCCUUCACCAUCAACUUCACCCUCACGAACCUCAAGUACGAGGACGACAUGGCCCCCCCUGGAUCCCUGAAGUUCAACACGACUCAGAGAGUCCUGAAGGGCCUGCUCAGGCGCUUGUUCAACAAGACCAGUGUGGGGCCCCUGUAUUCCGACUGCAGCCUGACCCUGCUCAGGCCAGAGCAGAACGGAGCAGCUACAGGGGUGGACAGUGUCUGCGCCUACCGCUCUGACCCCACGAGCCCCGAGCUGGACCGGGAGCGGGUAUACUGGGAGCUGAGCAGGCUGACGCGUGGCAUCGCCCAGCUGGGCCCCUACACCCUGGACCAGAGCAGUCUCUAUGUCAACGCUUCUGUGGUGAACGUUGUUUCUUCAACGACAUCAACGCCCUUCUCCAGUCCCACUGGAUUCACACUGGCACGUGUCAGGUUCACGUUCACGGGGCAACGUGAGCUCAGGCGAUGUGUUUCUCCUGCCCCCUCUGCAGUGCCAGCAUCUCCUCUGGUGCCCUUCACCAUCAACAUCACCCUCACGAACCUGAAGUACGAGGACGACAUGGCUCCCCCUGGAUCCCUGAAGUUCAACACCACUCAGAGAGUCCUGAAGGGCCUGCUCAGGCGCUUGUUCAACAAGACCAGUGUGGGGCCCCUGUAUUCCGACUGCAGCCUGACCCUGCUCAGGCCAGAGCAGAACGGAGCAGCUACAGGGGUGGACAGCGUCUGCGCCUACCGCUCUGACCCCACGAGCCCCGAGCUGGACCGGGAGCGGGUAUACUGGGAGCUGAGCAGGCUGACGCGUGGCAUCACCCAGCUGGGCCCCUACACCCUGGAGCAGAGCAGUCUCUAUGUCAAUGGCUACACACACCGGAUUGCGCCCACCACUCCAGUGUCUUCUGUGGUGAACGUUGUUUCUUCAACGACAUCAACGCCCUUCUCCAGUCCCACUGUGCCAGCAUCUCCUCUGGUGCCCUUCACCAUCAACUUCACCCUCACGAACCUCAAGUACGAGGACGACAUGGCUCCCCCUGGAUCCCUGAAGUUCAACACCACUCAGAGAGUCCUGAAGGGCCUGCUCAGGCGCUUGUUCAACAAGACCAGUGUGGGGCCCCUGUAUUCCGAGUGCAGCCUGACCCUGCUCAGGCCAGAGCAGAACAGAGCAGCUACAGGGGUGGACAGCGUCUGCGCCUACCGCUCUGACCCCACGAGCCCCGAGCUGGACCGGGAGCGGGUAUACUGGGAGCUGAGCAGGCUGACGCGUGGCAUCACCCAGCUGGGCCCCUACACCCUGGACCAGACCAGUCUCUAUGUCAACGGUUACACACACAGGAUUGCGCCCACCACUCCAGUGUUUUCUGUGGUGAAUGUUGUUUCUUCAAUGACGUCAACACCCUUCUCCAGUCCCACUGUGCCAGCAUCUCCUCUGGUGCCCUUCACCAUCAACUUCACCCUCACGAACCUCAAGUACGAGGACGACAUGGCUUCCCCUGGAUCCCUGAAGUUCAACACGACUCAGAGAGUCCUGAAGGGCCUGCUCAGGCGCUUGUUCAACAAGACCAGUGUGGGGCCCCUGUACUCCGACUGCAGCCUGACCCUGCUCAGGCCAGAGCAGAACGGAGCAGCUACAGGGGUGGACAGUGUCUGCGCCUACCGCUCUGACCCCACGAGCCCCGAGCUGGACCGGGAGCGGGUAUACUGGGAGCUGAGCAGGCUGACACGUGGCAUCGCCCAGCUGGGCCCCUACACCCUGGACCAGAACAGUCUCUAUGUCAAUGGUUACACACACCGGAUUGCGCCCAGCACUGCACAGUCACCAUGGUCUUCUGUGGUGAACGUUGUUUCUUCAACGACAUCAACGCCCUUCUCCAGUCCCACUGUACCAGCAUCUCUUCUGGUGCCCUUCACCAUCAACUUCACCCUCACGAACCUCAAGUACGAGGAUGACAUGGCUCCCCCUGGAUCCCUGAAGUUCAACACCACUCAGAGAGUCCUGAAGGGCCUGCUCAGGCGCUUGUUCAACAAGACCAGUGUGGGGCCCCUGUAUUCCGACUGCAGCCUGACCCUGCUCAGGCCAGAGCAGAACGGAGCAGCUACAGGGGUGGACAGCGUCUGCGCCUACCGCUCUGACCCCACGAGCCCCGAGCUGGACCGGGAGCGGGUAUACUGGGAGCUGAGCAGGCUGACACGUGGCAUCGCUCAGCUGGGCCCCUACACCCUGGACCAGAACAGUCUCUAUGUCAAUGGUUACACACACCGGAUUGCGCCCAGCACUGCACAGUCUUCUGUAGUGAACGUUGUUUCUUCAACGACGUCAACGCCCUUCUUCAGUCCCACUGUGCCAGCAUCUCCUCUGGUGCCCUUCACCAUCAACUUCACCCUCACGAACCUCAAGUACGAGGACGACAUGGCCCCCCCUGGAUCCCUGAAGUUCAACACGACUCAGAGAGUCCUGAAGGGCCUGCUCAGGCGCUUGUUCAACAAGACCAGUGUGGGGCCCCUGUAUUCCGACUGCAGCCUGACCCUGCUCAGGCCAGAGCAGAACGGAGCAGCUACAGGGGUGGACAGCGUCUGCGCCUACCGCUCUGACCCCACGAGCCCCGAGCUGGACCGGGAGCGGGUAUACUGGGAGCUGAGCAGGCUGACGCGUGGCAUCGCCCAGCUGGGGCCCUACACCCUGGACCAGAGCAGUCUCUAUGUCAACGGUUACACACACCGGAUUGUGCCCACCACUCCAGUGUUGCCAGCAUCUCCUCUGGUGCCCUUCACCAUCAACUUCACCCUCACGAACCUGAAGUACGAGGACGACAUGGCUCCCCCUGGAUCCCUGAAGUUCAACACCACUCAGAGAGUCCUGAAGGGCCUGCUCAGGCGCUUGUUCAACAAGACCAGUGUGGGGCCCCUGUAUUCCGACUGCAGCCUGACCCUGCUCAGGCCAGAGCAGAACGGAGCAGCUACAGGGGUGGACAGCGUCUGCGCCUACCGCUCUGACCCCACGAGCCCCGAGCUGGACCGGGAGCGGGUAUACUGGGAGCUGAGCAGGCUGACGCGUGGCAUCGCCCAGCUGGGCCCCUACACCCUGGACCAGACCAGUCUCUAUGUCAACGGCUACACACACCGGAUUGCGCCCACCACUCCAGUGUCUUCUGUGGUGAACGUUGUUUCUUCAACGACAUCAACGCCCUUCUCCAGUCCCACUGUGCCAGCAUCUCCUCUGGUGCCCUUCACCAUCAACUUCACCCUCACGAACCUCAACUACGAGGACGACAUGGCUCCCCCUGGAUCCCUGAAGUUCAACACCACUCAGAGAGUCCUGAAGGGCCUGCUCAGGCGCUUGUUCAACAAGACCAGUGUGGGGCCCCUGUAUUCCGACUGCAGCCUGACCCUGCUCAGGCCAGAGCAGAACGGAGCAGCUACAGGGGUGGACAGUGUCUGCGCCUACCGCUCUGACCCCACGAGCCCCGAGCUGGACCGGGAGCGGGUAUACUGGGAGCUGAGCAGGCUGACGCGUGGCAUCGCCCAGCUGGGCCCCUACACCCUGGACCAGAGCAGUCUCUAUGUCAAUGGCUACACACACCGGAUUGCGCCCACCACUCCAGUGUUGCCAGCAUCUCCUCUGGUGCCCUUCACCAUCAACUUCACCCUCACGAACCUCAAGUACGAGGACGACAUGGCUCCCCCUGGAUCCCUGAAGUUCAACACGACUCAGAGAGUCCUGAAGGGCUUGCUCAGGCGCUUGUUCAACAAGACCAGUGUGGGGUCCCUGUAUUCCGACUGCAGCCUGACCCUGCUCAGGCCAGAGCAGAACGGAGCAGCUACAGGGGUGGACAGUGUCUGCGCCUACCGCUCUGACCCCACGAGCCCCAAGCUGGACCGGGAGCGGGUAUACUGGGAGCUGAGCAGGCUGACGCGUGGCAUCGCCCAGCUGGGCCCCUACACCCUGGACCAGAACAGUCUCUAUGUCAAUGGUUACACACACCGGAUUGCGCCCAGCACUGCACAGUCUUCUGUGGUGAACGUUGUUUCUUCAACGACGUCAACGCCCUUCUUCAGUCCCACUGUGCCAGCAUCUCCUCUGGUGCCCUUCACCAUCAACUUCACCCUCACGAACCUGAAGUACAAGGACGACAUGGCUCCCCCUGGAUCCCUGAAGUUCAACACGACUCAGAGAGUCCUGAAGGGCCUGCUCAGGCGCUUGUUCAACAAGACCAGUGUGGGGCCCCUGUAUUCCGACUGCAGCCUGACCCUGCUCAGGCCAGAGCAGAACGGAGCAGCUACAGGGGUGGACAGUGUCUGCGCCUACCGCUCUGACCCCACGAGCCCCGAGCUGGACCGGGAGCGGGUAUACUGGGAGCUGAGCAGGCUGACGCGUGGCAUCGCCCAGCUGGGCCCCUACACCCUGGACCAGAGCAGUCUCUAUGUCAACGGUGAGGAGCAGCCACACGACCUUCGCUCUGUGAGGGUCCCCACGUCCCCAGACCUCCAUCCCUCAUCCUAGCCUCUCAGGCGAUGUGUUUCUCCCGCCCCCUCUGCAGUGCCAGCAUCUUCUCUGGUGCCCUUCACCAUCAACUUCACCCUCACGAACCUCAAGUACGAGGGCGACAUGGCCCCCCCUGGAUCCCUGAAGUUCAACACGACUCAGAGAGUCCUGAAGGGCCUGCUCAGGCGCUUGUUCAACAAGACCAGUGUGGGGCCCCUGUAUUCUGACUGCAGCCUGACCCUGCUCAGGCCAGAGCAGAACGGAGCAGCUACAGGGGUGGACGGUGUCUGCGCCUACCGCUCUGACCCCACGAGCCCCGAGCUGGACCGGGAGCGGGUAUACUGGGAGCUGAGCAGGCUGACGCGUGGCAUCACCCAGCUGGGCCCCUACACCCUGGACCAGAGCAGUCUCUAUGUCAACGGUUACACACACCGGAUUGCGCCCACCACUCCAGUGUUCACGUUCACGGGGCAACGUGAGCUCAGGCGAUGUGUUUCUCCCGCCCCCUCUGCAGUGCCAGCAUCUCCUCUGGUGCCCUUCACUAUCAACUUCACCCUCACGAACCUCAACUACGAGGACGACAUGGCUCCCCCUGGAUCCCUGAAGUUCAACACCACUCAGAGAGUCCUGAAGGGCCUGCUCAGGCGCUUGUUCAACAAGACCAGUGUGGGGCCCCUGUAUUCCGACUGCAGCCUGACCCUGCUCAGGCCAGAGCAGAACGGAGCAGCUACAAGGGUGGACAGUGUCUGCGCCUACCGCUCUGACCCCACGAGCCCCGAGCUGGACCGGGAGCGGGUAUACUGGGAGCUGAGCAGGCUGACACGUGGCAUCACCCAUCUGGGCCCCUACACCCUGGACCAGACCAGUCUCUAUGUCAAUGCGUUUUCUGGCGUGCAAAGUGCAGCGUUGCAGAAGGGAGGGCAGACCGCUACGGGACUAAGGGCGCGGGGGAGGAGAGCAACCACAGGACCACGCCUGGUGUCAUUUGUCCUCAACUUCACCCUCACCAGCUUGCCUUACAAGGAGGACAUGCAGCCCCCAGGCUCUCAGAAGUUCAACGCCACGGACAGGGUGCUGCAGCGCUUGCUCGAGCCCUUGUUCAAGGAAACCAGCGUGGGCCUCCUGUACUCUGGCUGCAAAGUUGUCUUUCUCAGGCCCAAGAAGGAUGGGAUGGCCACUGGAGUUGAUACAGUUUGCACCUAUCGCCCCGAUCCCACAGGCCAUGAGUUGAACAGAGAAAAAUUGUACUGGGAGCUGAGCAAGUUGACCCAUGGUGUCAGCCAGCUGGGUCCCUAUGCCCUGGACCAGGAGAGUCUAUACAUUGAUGGUUACACCCAUCCAGCCUCAGACUCCAUCCCCAGUACAGCAGUGGCAAACACAUCCUCCCCAGCAUCUUCUCAAGCUCCGUCCCUUACACCCAGUCCCACAGCCAGUGGUUCUAUCAUGGUACCCAUCACCCUCAACUUUACUAUCACCAAUAUGAGAUACACAGAGGAGAUGGGGCGUCCAGGUUCUUUGAAGUUCAACUCCACUGAGCGUGCCAUACAGCGCUUGCUUGGUAUCUUGCUCAACAAGACCAGUGUCGGCCCCCUCUAUGUUGCAUGCAGACUGGCUUCGCUCAGGUACGAGAAGGGUGGAUCAGCCACGGGUGUGGGAGCCAUCUGCACCUUCCACGCUGACCCCACGGGCCCUGAAUUGAACAGAGAGCGGCUGUAUUGGGAGUUGAGCCAUGAGACGCACAGCAUUACCAGGCUGGGCCCCUACACCCUGGACAGGGACAGCCUCUACGUCAAUGGUUACAGCUUUGGAGCCACAUCCCCCACUACCUCUACCGGGGAGGUCAGAGAGCUGCUGUUGACAGUGAAUUUCACCAUCACCAACCUGCGGUACUCAGCCGACAUGGGCCACGCUGGCUCCCUCAAGUUCAACAUCACAGACACACUUAUGCAACACCUGCUCAGUCCUUUGUUCCAGAGGAGCAGCCUCGGUGCCAGAUACACGGGCUGUCGAGUGGCCACCUUGAGGUCUGUGAAGAACGGUGCCCAGACACGAGUGGAUGCCCUCUGCACGUACCGCCAGGUCCCCGGACCGGAGUUACCUGCCAAGCGGCUGUUUCAUGAGCUGAGCUGGCAGACCCAUGGCAUCACCCGGCUGGGUCUCUACUCCCUGGACAAAGACAGCCUCUACCUCAAUGGUUACAAUGAACCUGGUCCAGACGAACCUCCUACAACUCCUGAGCCGGCUGCCUCCUUCCCGCCUUCUCCAUUGACAUCUGUGCAGCCAGAACCCACCACAGCCAUGGGACAUCACCUGAAGACCAUCUCCCUCACCUUCACCAUCACCAGUCUCCCAUACUCGGCAGACAUGAACAAUAAUUCAGCCCUAUUCAACUCCACUGAGAGGGUCCUGCAACACCUGCUUGGACCCUUGUUGCACAAGAGCAUCCUGGGCCCCUUCUACUCAGGUUGCAGACUGACCUCCCUCAGGUCUGAGAAGAACAGAGAGGCCACUGGGGUGGAUGUCAUCUGCACCUACCGCCAUGACCCUUUGAGUCCCGAGCUAAACACACAGAGGCUGUACUGGGAGCUGAGCCGGCUGACGCAUGGCAUCGCCCAGCUGGGCCCCUACACCCUGGACCAGAACAGUCUCUAUGUCAACGAAUUGUCUACAACCAGUGCCAGCACCCAGCAUUUCAACCUGAACUUCACCGUCACCAACCUAUUCUACUCCCAGGACAUGGCACAGCCAGGCACAACUGGGCAUCAGCAGAACAAAAGAAGUAUUGAAUAUGCGCUCAACCAGCUUUUCCGAAACAGCAGCAUCAAGAGUUACUUUUCCCACUGUCAAGUUUUAGCAUUCAGGUCGGUCCCAGACAGCAACCACACUGGGGUGGACUCCUUGUGUGACUUCUCCCCAUUGGCUCGGAGAGUGGACAAAGUUGCCAUCUAUGAAGAAUUCCUGAGGAUGACCCAGAAUGGUACCCAGCUGCUGAACUUCACACUGGACAGGAAGAGUGUCCUUGUGGAUGGGUAUUCCGGCCACACAAAUGAGGCGGCGUCUAGGAACUCUGAACUUCCCUUCUGGGCCAUCAUCCUCAUCUGUUUGGCUGGACUCCUGGGACUCAUCACACUCCUGAUCGGCUGUUUCCUGGUAACUGUCUGCCUGCGGAAGAAGGGGGGAAAUUACCAGGUCCAGCAUCACCUGGGCUAUUACCUACCACAUCUGGACCUGAGGAAGCUGCAGUGAGUCCACCUCUCAGGACCGCCUU